AUGUGUGUUUCACGCGUUACAUAUGUCCGGUUACUUUUAAUUGAAAUAUCUUUUUUAGGUGAAUCUGAAAGAGAAAGUUGUUAUGGUGAAGUUAUUCGAAUUCUACGUGAACGUUUUCCGGAUAAGUCAAUGCGACACAAAGUUACGGUUCUGGUUCCAGGCGCAGGUUUAGCAAGAUUGGCAUGGGAACUCGUAGCCGACGGAUUUUCGGUUCAAGGAAAUGAAUUUUCCAUUCUAAUGUUGCUCGUGUCAAAUUUCAUCCUCAAUAACUGUAAACAGGUGAAUGAGUAUGUAAUUUAUCCGUUUGUUUUGGACACAUGCAAUAGUUGGUCCUACGACGAGCAACUAAGGCCAGUGCGUUUCCCGGAUGUGUGCCCUCAUUUUAUGGAUGAGGCGAGUUCCUUCACCGUGCUUUUUUUUAUUCAGAGGAAGAAUGCCUUCUCAAUGUGCGCUGGUGAUUUUCUGGAUGCACUGAAAAAUACUACCGAUCAAUGGAGUGUUGUUGUGACAGUGUUUUUCAUUGAUACGGCUGUCAAUGUGCUCGAUUAUAUCGAUACAAUACACAGAAUUCUGAAAAAGGGUGGAUUGUGGUUGAAUUUUGGCCCGCUUACUUAUCACUUUGCUGAUGGUGAUGCAGAAGGUGCUAUCGAAUUGCCGUAUGAUUUGAUUAUUCAGUACAUCAACCAGAAAGGUUUCAGAUUUGCAAGCGAUGAACGUGAAAGCAAAGCCAAUACUGCGUUGUAUGCAUGCAAUAAGAAAUCGAUGCUACAGUAUCAGUAUAUCUGUGGAUUUUUUGAAUGCGUUAAGUUGUAA